AGAAGUUCCAAAAUUAGAUAAAUGCAUACAAUGCAUAUGAAGAGGAUACUGUUAGUCACUUUACUCUCACUUGCUAUCUCCCUCUUGUUAUUCAUCAUCUUCUUCAAUGUUCAAGUAAUAAGAUCCCCAUCAAUUCCUUCCUCCAAAACCACCAUCUUGCAAACCCAAUUCAGCCUCUUGAUUGGGAUUUUAACUCGUGCCGACAACUACGAUCGUCGUCAUUUUCUCCGUCUUAUCUAUGGCAUCCAAUCCUCUCCCAUUGCCAAGAUAGACGUCAAGUUCAUCUUUUGCAACCUCACCAAACCCGAGCAACGCAUAUUAAUUUCUCUAGAAAUCCUUCGAUUCAACGACAUUAUCAUCCUCAAUUGUACCGAAAACAUGAACAAUGGCAAAACCUACACCUAUUUCUCUUCGCUCCCGAGCAUCCUCCCCCGCAAAUACAACUAUGUCAUGAAGGCGGACGAUGAUGUUUUCAUUAGGCUCGAGCCACUUGCCUUGUCCCUCAAGCCAUUGCCUAGGGUGGACUUGUACUACGGAUUUGUAAUCCCAUGUGCUAGCAUGAACCCAUUUGUGGAGUACAUGUCCGGUAUGGGGUUUUUGUUGUCCUGGGAUUUGGUUGAAUGGAUUGGAGAAUCUGACAUUCCUAGAAAGGAGAUGUUCGGUCCCGAGGAUAAGAUGGUGGGAAAAUGGUUGAAGAUGGGAAGAAAGGCAAAGAACAGGUUUUCCAACAAGCCAGCAAUGUAUGAUUAUCCAGGAACAAAUGGGAAGUGCUCACAUGAGCUUAUACCAGAAACUGUGGCUGUUCACAGGCUCAAGAGAUGGGAUCAUUGGUCGCACGUGCUUGAAUUUUUCAAUGUGUUGUUGCCCCAACAAGAAGUGGUUAUUAGAUCACAAAUUGGCAACUUGAACUUGGUCUUGAAGUUGGUUAAUUUAGCACAAGCAGCGGACGAUGAUGUUUUCAUUAGGCUCGAGCCACUUGCCUUGUCCCUCAAGCCAUUGCCUAGGGUGGACUUGUACUACGGAUUUGUAAUCCCAUGUGCUAGCAUGAACCCAUUUGUGGAGUACAUGUCCGGUAUGGGGUUUUUGUUGUCCUGGGAUUUGGUUGAAUGGAUUGGAGAAUCUGACAUUCCUAGAAAGGAGAUGUUCGGUCCCGAGGAUAAGAUGGUGGGAAAAUGGUUGAAGAUGGGAAGAAAGGCAAAGAACAGGUUUUCCAACAAGCCAGCAAUGUAUGAUUAUCCAGGAACAAAUGGGAAGUGCUCACAUGAGCUUAUACCAGAAACUGUGGCUGUUCACAGGCUCAAGAGAUGGGAUCAUUGGUCGCACGUGCUUGAAUUUUUCAAUGUAACCAAACAAGUACUCUAA